UUUCUUCUUUUUCAUUCUCACACUCAAUUCACCAUUUUUGGUACAUUCCAUUUUCCUUUCUCCUUCUAUUUCCAAAUCUUUCUCUUACUUUUAUACCACUCUAUCCCGGACUUUCUUUUCCCUGUCGCCGGAAAAUGGACGUCCGGCGUCUACCCAUCUUCACUUUGCUCUUAUUUCUUUACUUAAUAGUUUCUGUCAACUCCUUCAACUUAGAUGAUUUGCAAACAAGGCAUAGAACCCAAAUCAAAGGACCCAUCAAAACCAUUGUAGUCGUCGUCAUGGAAAAUCGUUCCUUUGACCAUGUUCUUGGCUGGCUCAAAUCUACCCGACCCGAAAUCGACGGUCUCACCGGACAAGAACACAAUCGCAUCUCCGUCUCCGACCCUAACUCCGACAAAGUCUACGUCUCCGAUGACGCUCACUUCAUCGAGUGGGACCCGGGUCACUCAUUUCAAGCCAUCCGAGAACAGAUUUUCGGGUCGGAUGAUGAUACCAAAUCUAACCAACCGCUAAUGAACGGUUUCGCCCAGGUCGCAGAGUCCAUGAGUGAAAACAAAUCAAGCAUCGUGAUGAGCGGGUUUAAACCGAGCAAGUUACCGGUUUACACGGCUUUAGCCAACGAGUUUGCAGUUUUCGACCGGUGGUUUGCCUCGGUUCCGGCUUCGACUCAACCGAACCGGUUUUAUGUUCACUCAGCGACGUCGCACGGAGCGAUGAGCAACGUCCGCACAGAUCUAAUCCAUGGGUUCCCACAAAAAACGAUAUUCGACUCAUUAGACGAAAAUGACCUUACGUUUGGAAUAUAUUACCAGAACAUCCCUGCCACUCUCUUUUUUAAGUCCCUCAGAAAACUGAAGCACCUCUUGAAGUUUCAUGAUUAUGCACUUAAAUUCAAAAAGCAUGCAAGCUUAGGGAAGUUGCCUAAUUAUGUGGUGGUGGAGCAACGUUAUUUCGACGUGGAGCUGUUUCCGGCGAAUGAUGAUCAUCCAUCACAUGACGUGGCGAUGGGGCAGAAGUUUGUGAAGGAGGUGUAUGAGACGCUGAGGGCUAGUCCGCAGUGGAAGGAAAUGGCUGUGUUGAUCACGUAUGAUGAGCACGGCGGGUUUUAUGAUCACGUGCCUACACCCGUAACAGGUGUGCCUAGUCCUGAUGGAAUUGUUGGACCCGACCCUUAUUAUUUUGGGUUUGAUCGGUUGGGUGUUAGGGUUCCUACUCUUUUGAUUUCUCCUUGGAUUGACAAGGCCACUGUGAUUCAUAAGCCUGCUGGGCCAACGCCACAUUCACAGUUCGAGCAUUCUUCCAUUCCUGCUACUGUAAAGAAGCUUUUUAACCUGAAGUCUAACUUCCUUACAAAAAGAGAUGCGUGGGCUGGUACUUUUGAGGAUUAUUUUUAUAUUCGUGACACUCCUCGUGACGACUGUCCAGAAACCCUGCCAGAGGUACAGAUGUCAUUGAGGCCAAGGGGACCGGUAGAAGAUAUGCCACUAUCCGAGUUUCAAGUAGAAAUGAUCCAGCUUGCGUCACAGCUCAAUGGAGACCAUGUCCUAAAUACUUAUCCAGAUAUCGGGAAAAGCAUGACAGUUGGGGAAGCCAAUAGAUAUGCUGAGGAUGCAGUUAGGAGAUUUUUGGAAGCAGGGAAGGCCGGUCUUAGAGCUGGAGCUAAUGAAUCUGCAAUUGUUACUAUGAGACCUUCCCUUACUAGCCGAAUUCCCGUAUCAAACCAUCAUAACUACGUCAAAACCUACUAGUUACACGUCAAAUAGUCCAUUGUAACGUAAAUAUAUAGUAUGUAAAUAUUUUAGAACUUUGUGAUUAUGUGUAUUAUUUGUGAGUAAUGUUGAGAUUAUAGCAAACUAAAUAAAAACAUGUUUGUCCAA